GCUCUCCUGCUCUCUCAGAUCCACAGACUCAAUCAAUAUGAUCACCCUGAGAAUGGGACUUGCGUUUACCUCCACAACCCUUCUUGUGCUGCUGCUGAUCCUGGGUCUUAGCAAGGGUCAGAUGGAAGAAGAGGAGAAGCUGAAGGGUGUGACUCCCCCUCCAAAAAGCUGUCUCUGUGAGCUGCAGAAUUUAGGAGCCACUUUCCCCUGGCAGGAGUUCCAAAUAGUCCACAGCUUCUCAUCUAACUGCACACAGACUCUUACCAAGCAGGAGUUUAUUGAAGUGGACAGUCUCCUGGCCAGCCUGUACUAUCGUCUCCAGAACUUGGAGAAGGAUGUCAAGGACUUUGAGGCUGAUUUCGACACAGGGCUGUACAGCGUCAUCUCCCUAAGAAUCAUCGAAAUCGAGCUGACUGAGAUCAGCAGCCUGCUCCUGAAGCUCAACCAGACCAGCCAUAACAAAAAGGCUCUCCUGGACAACCUGACUGCACAGAUGCAGACCAUGGCUGAUAAGCUUGAAGAGAUCGAACAAUUUGACCGAAUGCAUGUUGUGCAGAGACAGCAAGAGAGCAAAAGAAUUAAAAGGAGCCUGAAAGAAUGUGAGGCAGAAUUGGAGGCGACACCUGCUCCGGUCACAACCCCAGCUCCAGGAAACUGCCCCUUUGGCCGACUGUUGAACAUAACUGGUCCCAACAGCUUUAUGGUAACCCAAUACAGCACCUCUUACCCUUAUGGAGCUUGGGGCAUGGACCCCAAACCAGCCCCUGGCAAGGAAGACAGGCACUGGCUGGUGAUCCUGACCAGCAGUAAUAUCUAUGGCAACUACAUCCGGAUGUAUAACAGCCACAGCGACCUGGUUGCUGCCAAGCAAGUAGAAGAUAUAACAGUUACUUCAUCCGCUACUACCACCAACUCCAUAAUGGGCCCAGGCUCUGUGAUAUACAACAACGCCUAUUACUACAACUGCUACAGCUCCAGUCGUGUGUGCCGAUUUGACCUGACCUACAAAAACAUCAGUACCAUGGAAUUGCCAGGGGCUGGCAGCAGCAAUAAGUUUCCCUACUGCCAACCUUCUUCCUGCUUCCAAUACACAGAUAUCGACUUGGCCACAGACGAGUCAGGGCUGUGGGUUAUCUACACAUCCCAGGCGAAAUUCGGCAACGUUAUCCUCAGCCGCCUGGACGCCAACAACCUCACCCUGCUCCAAACAUGGUACACCUCGCUACAAAAAAAGAUCAUCACAAAUGCAUUCAUGGCCUGUGGCGUGCUCUAUGCCACACGUUUCAUUGACAGCAGCUAUGAUGAGGUUUUCUACUCCUUUGACACCACAACUGGGGUUGAACGGUCCACUUUAGCCUUUCCCUUUAAGAAGAUGUCAACCAACAUCCAGCACCUCAACUAUAAUCCGCGCAACCACAUGCUCUACGUCUACAAUGAUGCUUACAUCCUCACUUACCAAGCAGUGUUUGGGUAGAGGCUGUUGUGAUACAUUGGAACAGACUUGCUAUAUUUUCAUACAAGUAUGCAUUUUUUGCUGAAACUAGCUUCUUUUGUUCUGGUUUUCUUUUUGCAUGCAAUGAUCAGUAAAAUGUGACAUUUUUCAAAUAUUUUAAACUGUGGUAAAUUUACUAUGUGCAAAUUGUGCAACUGCAAAUAAAAUAAUUGCUAGAAAAAAUAAAACAUCAUUUUUGGCAUGCCGUUGGCAAUAACAAUUAUUGUGCUUUUAGUUUUAGAAUUGCUUUAUGUUAGACAUAUUUGUUCUCCUGUCUUUCUGUACCCAAAUUCACAGCACCUGUCUUAUUAAAUGAUUUUAACUAAUA